CAGCGCGGCCCCGCCGGCCGCUCGGCCCCGGCGCGUGCGCAGUGCGGCGCCGCGGUGCCGUUAGCCGCCGCUAUGUGCAGGGAAUAACGCCGGGGCCGUUGCCAGAGGGACACCGAGCGCUCCGCCCUCGCUCCGCAUCCCGCGGGAUGCCGGCUCGCUGAGCACCCGCUAGCGACGGCCCCUCCCCGGCGCGCGAGCCUCCUCGGAGGGUUUCUAGGAAUAAAAUAUGUUAGAGAUGCUGUAUUACUUCUGUUGAGUCAGAUAACAUUAAGUGGACAUGCGUUGCACUUGAAUGUGUUGUGAUACAGCUGUGGAAAGACAAAUCUAUUGAUGACGUAGCUUUGCCAAGGAUUUAUCAGCUAAGCAGAAAUGAGCUUAACAUCCUGGUUUUUGGUGAGCAGUGGAGGCACCCGACAUAGGCUGCCACGGGAAAUGAUUUUUGUUGGAAGAGAUGACUGUGAGCUGAUGUUACAGUCACGGAGUGUGGACAAGCAACAUGCUGUACUCAACUAUGAUGCCUCUACAGAUGAACACUUGGUGAAGGAUUUGGGCAGCUUGAAUGGGACAUUUGUGAAUGAUGUGAGGAUUCCAGAACAGACAUACAUCACACUGAAGUUAGAAGAUAAACUGAGAUUUGGAUAUGAUACUAAUCUUUUUACUGUGGUCAGGGGAGAGAUGAGAGUCCCUGAAGAAGCACUCAAGCAUGAAAAAUUCUCAAGCCAACUCCAGUUAUCCCAAAAAUCAUCAGAGGCAGAAGGAUCGAAACAAAGCAGCUCCAAAAGUUCAGAGUCCAAGGUAACUGACUCCACAGCUGAAGUGCACCACAAAACUACAGAAGCACUGAAAUCUGAAGAAAAAUCAAUGGAUAUUUCUGCCAUGCCUCGUGGGACACCUUUGUAUGGACAACCAGCCUGGUGGGGUGAAGAUGAAGCUGAUGAAAAAGGUGGUUGUAAGCCAGAUAGCAAGAAUGAAAAAAAAAUGCCUGAGACAGGGGCUUCAGGAUGCAGCACAGAUGUCAAGCAAUCUGAGGAGCAAUCUGCAUCUGCAAGUGAAGAACUUUAUCCUUUCUGCAGGGAGCCCAGUUAUUUUGAAAUCCCUACUAAAGAAUGCCAGCAAGCUUCACAGGUAGCAGAGAGCCCUAUUCAUGAAAUUCCCACAAAAGAUACCCAAGGCUCCCACACAGCAGCUUCAGGCCACGCUUCCUUUACCAUUGAAUUUGAUGACAACACUCCAGGAAAAGUAAAGAUCAAAGAUCAUGUGACAAAAUUCACGUCGGAGCAGCGUCACAGGUCAAAAAAGCCUUCUUCCUCCAGUGGUCAGGACCUGCCAGGGCUUCAGACGGUGAUGAUGGCUGCUGAAAGCAAGGUAGCAGAUUGGCUUGCACAGAACAACCCUCCGAGAAUGAUAUGGGAGCCAACAGAGGAGGACUCCAAAAGCAUUAAGAGUGACGUUCCGGUGUACUUGAAGAGGCUGAAAGGGAAUAAGCAUGAUGAUGGCACACAAAGUGAUUCAGAAAAUAUUGGUGCACAUCGGCAUUACAGUAAACGGGCAGCACUUGAGGAACACUUAAGGCAUCAUCAUACAGAGCUAAAAAAGUCACACCAGAAAGUCCAUUCCACAGAAAAGCAGCAAGAGCAAGCUGGCUUGAGUCAGACUGCCUUUAUGAUUGAGUUUUUUGAUGAAGACCAUCCUCGCAAGAGACGUUCUUACUCUUUUUCUCAGAAUGUAGGAGCUCUAUGCCCAGAAUCUCCAUCGCCGACAUCUCACGCACGAGCUGAAAGAGUGAAACCUGCCUCAGGAGAGAAAGUCCCUUCACCUGUGCAAGCUAGCUCAUCACAUCACAGAGCAGUACAUGCUGUUCAUGCCAAACAUCUAAACCAGAAAUCAGAAGAACCCUCUGCUGCAUUACCUGCCUUACAAGCUGCAUUGUUAAGGAGUUCAGGAAGCCUUGGCCAUAGGCCUAAUCAGAACCAGGAGAUGGACAAAAAGUUGAAGAGCCAACAUAUUUCUGCUGCAACUGAAAAGGACAAUGAGGAUGACCAGAGUGACAAAGGUACUUACACUAUUGAGUUGGAAAAUCCCAAUCCUGAAGAAAUGGAAGCCCGCAAAAUGAUUGACAAGGUAUUUGGAGUGGAUGACAGCCAGGAUUAUAAUAGGCCUGUUAUCAACGAGAACCAGAAAGAUUUAGUAAAAGAUUGGGCUAUAAAUUCUGCUACAGUAGUGCUGGAAGAAAAAAGACCACUGAGUACAACUGGAUUUCUUGACACAGAGGAAGGUUCUACUAACCCUGGAAGUAAACGUUGGGUAUCACAGUGGGCCAGUUUGGCUGCUAAUCACACACGUCAUGACCAAGAUGACUUGAGAUUGGAGUCCUCUGUGCCUGCUCCAGUAGAAAAUGAUACAGACAUCAGUGAGUCUGGUAUUUCUGUUAGAAGUGCUGGUUCAGCUGCUUCCAUGACCAGUCAAGGUGAGCGAAAGAGGAGGACACUUCCACAGCUUCCCAUAGAGGAAAAAGUAAAUGAAAAUUUAAAACCAAAAACUGUAUCUCAUCAGAGGUCAGAAAUAGGCGAAAAGCAAGACACUGAACUUCAGGAGAAAGAAACUCCAGCUCGUGCCGCAGAUGCUAAGUCAGCCAGAACAAUGAAUGGUCUUUCACCCAAAGCUACUGGAGACAAAGUGUUUUCUUUUCCCAGCUCUUGUAGUAAAGAGAGAGUUGAAACUGGCAGAGAAACUUCUGUGGUGAAACAAGCUUUAGCAAAAAUUCAACAACAAGAAAGAAAGGAGCAAGGGCACUGGACACCCUCAAAAUUAUCCUCUACAAAAUCUGCUGCAAACCAGAUUGAGAAAGGUAGGGAGGAGAUUGUUAUGUCACCCAAAACUUUGGAUAAUCAAGAAAAUGCUCCUGGACAUGUUACAGAUAAAGCAGAAGUUAAGUUGGCACAGAUUGAGGGAAAAAGAAGAAAAAAUGAGGAAAUCAUUAGAGGACAAAGUCCUAAAGUACUUGGAGGAGACAAAAAGGAAUCUUCAAAACCCUUAGUGAGGCAAGGUAGCUUUACUAUAGAUAAGCCUAGCACAAAUAUACCUAUAGAACUUAUUCCUCACAUUAAUAAGCAGAGUGGUUCAGCUGCCCCUUUAGUAUCUGCAAACAGGUUACGUGACAGAAGUGAUUCGAUGGACACUGAUUCCAGUAUAGAUACAACACUCAUUUUAAAAGACACAGAAGCUGUAAUGGCUUUUCUUGAAGCUAAAUUACGUGAAGAAAACAAAACUGAUGAAGGUCCUGACACUCCUAGUUAUAACAGAGAUAAUUCCAUAUCACCAGAAUCAGAUGUUGAUACAGCCAGCACAAUCAGUCUUGUUACUGGUGACACUGAAAGAAAAUCCACACAGAAGCGGAAGAGCUUUACAAACUUAUAUAAAGAUAGAUGUUCCACUGGUUCCCCUUCAAAGGAUGUUUUAAAAUCUUCUACAGGAGCUAGAGAAAAGAUUGAAAAGAAAACUAAGAGUCGAUCUUCAGAUGGUGGGUCUAGAGCUGAGGCUCGCAAAACUGUGCAAUCCAGUGGAAGAAUGAGGCAACCAUCAGUAGAUUUAACAGAUGAUGACCAAACAUCCAGUGUACCUCAUUCUGCCAUUUCUGAUAUCCUAUCAUCUGACCAGGAAACCUACUCUGGCAAAUCACAUGGAAGAGUUCCUUUUGCCUCAGCAGAUGAACUUGUGCAUUCCAAGAUGGAAGGAAAGUCAGCUAAAUCAAAAACCUCUCCUGUUGGACUUGGGCAGUCUAGUAAAUCUACCACUCUUCCAAGACCUCGUCCCACAAGGACUUCUCUCUUGCGCAGAGCACGCCUUGGUGAAGUCUCAGAUAGUGAGCUUGCUGAUGCUGAUAAGGCUUCAGUCGCUUCCGAAGUGUCCACUACAAGUUCUACAUCAAAACCUCCAUCAGGGAGGAGAAAUAUUUCCAGAAUAGACUUACUCGCUCAACCUCGCAGAAAUCGGCUUGGCUCUUUAUCAGCACGUAGCGAUUCCGAAGCAACAAUAACCAGGAGCACUGCCUCAUCGCGUACCCCAGAAGCGAUCAUCAGAAGUGGUUCAAGGCUGCUCUCAGGAGGAGAUAGCGCUAAGGUUUCUGCUAGAACUCGAGCCAAUAGCAUUUCUCGACUUUCGGAUUCAAAAUCCAAAUCCUUGGCUUCGGCUCAUAAUUCUCCCUCAGAGAAAUCCAAGCUUCUCCCAGACCCAGACCCUGAUGUUGAAACUUACAGUGUAAGUGCAAGAUGGAGGCGCUUUCCUACAGAUUAUGCUUCCACCUCAGAAGAUGAAUUCGGAUCAAACCGUAAUUCCCCUAAACAUACCCGUCUGCGUACCUCUCCAGCCCUGAAAACCACGCGACUGCAGAGCGCUGGGACAGCAGCUCAAAGCAGCAACACAUUCAAGCACAGGAUAAAGGAGCAGGAAGACUACAUUCGUGACUGGACUGCCCACAGGGAAGAGAUAGCAAGGAUCAGUCAAGAUCUGGCUCUCAUCGCACGGGAAAUCAACGAUGUAGCAGGAGAGAUAGAUUCAGUGACUUCAUCAGGCACUGCCCCCAGUACCACAGUAAGCACUGCUGCCACCACCCCUGGCUCUGCCAUAGACACUAGAGAAGAGGUAGGAGAUCUUCAUGGAGAAAUACAUAAGUUGGUGGACCGAGUAUUUGAUGAAAGUCUCAAUUUUAGAAAAAUCCCUCCAAUAGUGCAUGCGAAACCCCCGGAAGGGAAUGGUCGGCCUAGUGAUGCCAGACCUCAGCUGACAGAGGCCCUCGAUCCCCCAACAAUUACCCGCAGAAGGACUUGGAGCAGAGAUGAAGUUAUGGGGGACAGUUUGCUGUUGUCCUCAGUCUUCCAGUUUUCUCGCAAGAUAAGACAAUCCAUAGACAAAACAGCUGGCAAAAUCAGAAUAUUAUUUAAGGACAAGGACAGAAAUUGGGAAGAAAUUGAAAAUAAGUUACGAGCUGAAAGUGAAGUUCCUAUUGUGAAAACAUCAAGCAUGGUAUGAAUAGUUACCUUUUCUGGGACUGAUUGUGCUGCUCAUCUCAUGGCUAAGUAAUCAGUAGAGGAAUGUGGCAUUUUUAGUGACAAGGGCAAAACUCUUUAAAAGCUCUUAUUUAGACAAUAAAUAGGUUUCAAGAAUAAACCUAAUCUUUAAUAAUGACUAAGACUUACUGUCUUAGUAAGUAGUUACUUUCUUAUUGUCUCAUUAAGAAACAAGAAAUUGUUCAGGGGAAAUUUUCAGAUAAAGAGUGCAGUAAAAGGGAUGCAAACUAUACAUAGACCAUCAGUAUGUUUGUUAAAUAAAAGGUAGCAACCAUUAAUUGGAAUGUUAGAUUGCUUUUUAAUUAACUUGGUUUACAGUCUAAAAACUGCUUUACCUACUAAUCAUUAAUGCUUAAUAUAUAAUACUUACCAGUAGUAAUACUGAUUAUUAAUAUUUAGAGAAAUUGUUUUGUUUUAAUGCAUGUGAUGAAGAUAAUCCAUAGACACAUUGCAAUAAAAGGACUUUUCAGUGAAAAAUAAUCCUGUUGGUUUUGUCUAGAAGUGGUAACCAUAGAUUCACACUAGAACUCCAGCUGUUUUAUUUAAUAGCCUAAUUACUUAAAUCAGCUAUCCUUUAUGGCCUAGUGUAAGGCCAUUUCGAGACCAGAGUGUGUGACAGUGUGACGGGACACACCACAGGUUGUGUCUCAGUACAUGUCUCCCCUGCUUCUAAACACAGAGCGUAGGGUUUGAAAAACAUCCCUACAUGAGACAGCAGGCAGAGCUCACUACAUUAUCCAUCUACAGAGUCUGCUGUUAAAAAUACCUCUUUACAGAGGCAGGAUUUUCUGUGGGAGAAAAAACUGCUCAAAUGUGACUACAUUUCCUCUGGCAUGGAACAGACUAGAACUUCUCUGUUAGCUCAUCAUCAGCUAGUAAACUCCUUCAGACUAAUUUUUUCUGGAGGUAUAAAAGACUUGGCCUGUAAUUUUGGCAGAAUGGUGUAUUUAUGAAGAACAAUCAUUAGUAACUCAGUACUAUAAUUUAAUAGAUUUGUUGAUAGUUUUUGUUAGGUGUUUUCAAAAAUUUAAUUAAGCAAGCUCCUAAUGGAAGUUUCUAAUUUU